GCCAGAAUGAUCCACACUCCACCAGUUGGUGGCGGUAAUGCACCAAAUCGUUGUUUGCCAACCGCCAGUAAACCUCAAAGAAGAAGAAGAAGAAGAAGAGGAAGAAGAAGAAGAGGAAGAAGGAAGUCGGACCAAAUAGACUGUCGCACAGCAACAUGUCUCUGCUCUUGGACAGCAGACUGCUGCUGAGGAGAGUUACAGAUUUAAGAUGUUUAACGCCGAGAAGAAACCGAGUGAAGGAGAAAUGGGCCGAAACACGCACCAAGCACCCUCCCACCCGUCUGGCCCUGCAGCACUUUGAUGCCACCUACAACGUCCAGCUGGGUCAGCUGUGGCCAUCAGUCCGAGCCGCCUUUCUGUCAGAGAGGAAAUACGGAGCCCUGCUCAAUAAUUUCUCCCAUGAUGCCGUUCUUGCAGACCUGGAAGCCCAGGGAUGCAGAGAUUUCCUCAGUGAUACAGAUACAGAAUCUCAGCCGUGCUUGGAGCAAGAAUCUGAGGUUGCGGCUGAGGAGGAAUCCAGCGGUGUUUCUAUGAAGAAAUCUGACACUGAGGGUCAGCAGCUAUCUCCUCUACAGCUCAGUCCUAACAUCAAGUGUUUAGUGUUUCCAAGAGGGGACAUCACAAGAUUCAAGCCUGCUGGACCAGACAUGUGUGGGUUGUUGGGUUACUACCUGAUGGACGCAGCGUCCGUGCUGCCUUGUCUUGUGCUAGAUGUCCAAGAAGGUCACAAUGUGCUUGACCUCUGUGCUGCUCCAGGAGGAAAGACCCUGGCUUUACUUCAAACCCAGUCUGUAGGUUUUUUGUGCGCCAACGACAACUCGGUGUCUCGGAUAUCGCGACUGAGAAAAGUCCUCCACAGCUACGUUCCUAAGCCGCUUUCGUCGGACGAGAAGCUACGCAUCACCUCCUUCGAUGGCACCAAGUGGGGGGAAAUCGAAAGGAACACUUUCGACAGAGUCCUCGUUGACGUCCCCUGCACCACAGACAGACAUUCACUCAUGGAGGACGACAACAAUAUAUUCAGUAAGAACAGGACCGGUGAGAGACGAAGGCUGCCGCAGCUACAGCUGGAGCUGCUGCUGGCGGGAAUCCAAGCAGCUAUUCCAGGCGGGGAGAUCCUUUACUCCACCUGCACACUUUCUCAAAUCCAGAACCUGGGUGUGGUGGAACAGGCGAUCUACUUGGCUCAAGAGAACCACGGCAUCCACCUUCAGGUUGUUGACCUGCGACCCCUCACACACAUGUUUAGGAAAACCUUUCACUUCGCUCCUGACCUCCAGCUGGGGGAGAUGGUCAUCCCACACUUAGCCGCUAACUUUGGGCCUAUCUACAUGUGCAAGCUAAGAAGGCUCACGUAGUCUGUGGACUGAUGGACAGCAUUGCCCAAGCGCUCGCGGACAUUUGAAUGAGGGUGUUGACAGCUUUAUGGACUACUGAGAUGAUCCUCUUGGCUCGUCUUUAUGUAUAAACUGUAGCUGUUGGAGCACAGUUGAAGGAGAACUUUUUGUCAUGGCGGUUGGACUUUUGAAACACGGGACUACGGUUGGUUAAAUGGGACAGAAAACACACAGAAUCCAGUUGAAUGACCCGGACCGUGACAUUAUUAUUGUGGACACAUUGAACUGCAAUUUUUUUACGGAGACUUUUGGACUCAACCAUCAGGAAUCGGAAAUUCAAUUUAGGGGGAUACAAGUUGGUUUUUAAAGUAAGUUAAAACUCUAGUUUGGCAACAUUUCUUGUAGGACUUUAUAGUUAACCAAAAUUUGACCGAAAUCACAAUAUGGUCUACUGCAACUUUCAAAUCGCAGGAGGUUUGUUAAAGGUGAAAUAUGUGUCAAAGUACCAUUAUAAAUUAAAUAUUGUUGUGUGUACACACAUCAUAUUCUAUAGACUUAAGAAAACAUCUUUGUUUGGUACAGAUCCCUGCAAAAAAUCACACAAUAAUCAUUUUAAUGUUUUUCAAUGAGAAUUAUGAUGCAAAAAUUAUCAUGCCCUCUUAUAUCGCAAAUCAUAUCGCAAUUGCAAUAUCGAUGAAAAAUAAUCGCAAUUAAAUAUAUAUAUAUAUAUAUAUUUUUCAGCCCCAAUCUUUUGGACAAAACCUGCUUUGCAAAGUGUCUUUUUAUUUGUAGUUUUAUUUUUGCCCUCUAGGUGGCAACAGUAGCUAAAGAUUAAAAGUACCCUGUGCCCACUAGAGGACACCAAGGAUAUGUUUCUAAGGGUUUUAUGUUGACAGGAGCACCAGUAUGUAUGUAUGUAUGUAUGUCUUUACAUUACUGAAAUACACAUUUCCAUCAGACUUACCUCCUCUCUCUUUAACCCUCCAAUGAAAAUGGGUUUGGCUUGUUCUCUGGUUAUUCAUCAGGUUUGAUGGCUUUGCCUAAUAAUGUAAUAUGUGGGUAUGUGGAAGACAUAAUGAACAGGCAGGUAAUGACUUGUUUGACCAUUUGGCUUCUCACAUCUGAAUCUGUGCAACUUUCAUUAUUAUAUCUGGAUUGACUUCUGUUUUGCAUUGACAUCACUCAGAGGUGAAAUGUUUCCCUCUUAUCAUAAUGUGAGCGGAGAGGUGCCUCUUUUUCCAUCACACCGCCGAUGACCCUUUAUGUUGUCCUGGCCAGGCAAUGUAGCGUGAAAAAGGUGUGCGUGUGUGUCUAACGAGUCCACCAUCCACGUCCCACCGUCAUUAAGCUGCUCCCAAGUGCAGGAGCCGACUCCCAUCCCCGCGCCGGGAUGGACGGCAGCCAUGCGGCUCCCAGAUGAACAUUAAAGAGGCAGCAGAGAGCUAAAAUGGGGACGUCUCUCGCCCUGUUUUGCCCCUCCGCUUUUUUAUUCCACAGAUGAGUGCAGAUAAUUUUCUGUGCGAUUGUGAGUGAUUACUGUAUUACUGCGGUAAAAGGGGGAUGUAUCUGGGAAUGCAGAGGGAAUUAAUGACACAUAAAAACUAUUUUUGCAUUGACUGCUUUCGUCUCCGGGGCCUUGGAUGCCUCCCCGCACAUCUUGUGAUUACCUAAACGUAUUGUAAAUAUGUGUUUCCUAUGGGCUCUUACAUAAAUUUACAUGUUUUAACACUCAGGAGACGGCAGACUGUUAGAGAUGAGUUACUCUCUAUUCUGCCUGUCUAUAGACUCGACCGGCUGUCUGCUUUAUUAUUGAAUUAUCCAGUGAACCGCUGUGCAUUUGUGUCCCUGUGUGUAAGCCUGUGUUAGGGAGACGUAUGCUGUGUAUUAGAAAGAUGAAUAUUAUGGAUUUAACUACACAACCAUGCGUCUGUUGCAAAUACAAUUUAAAUGUUGCAUUUUUGCAAAUAAACAUGCAAAACACCUCGCAACACACAAGCUACUGAAAGAAUGAUGUACCCGUUAGUAAUGAUGACCUCCAUAUA